AUGGCCAGAACACGGUCAGGACGUAAAUCCACGGAAACAGCAUCAGUCCCAAAGGCGUCUCCUUCCUCUUCUUCUCGAAACAAAGUCAAGAAACCGAAGAUAGAUGUGUCGAAAGGCUUGAAUCUGGAUGAAGUAAGUAAAAUUCUGCUCGAUUUAUUGUUUAGUGGUCUCGAAAUCAAUGGAACUAUGAGUUCAACAGCAGUGUGGUUGAACAGAUAUAUGUGGAAUUGAUUCUGAGCUCCUUUAAUGUGAAAGUGGUCAACAAAUUGGAGUUCUCGCAGUAUUUGGAAGAAUAUUUAUGGCCUCAUUUGGAUGUUGAGAAGUCGUCAAAGGCUCAUAUUCUGUCAAUUGUAGUGCUCAUCAAUGCCAAGUUUAGAGAACGAGUUAACGCAUGGAAGGUAAGAACUUUCAUUCGGCUUAUCUUUUUUAGAUACCAAAAAAAUAUGCACGUAAUCUUCCGACUUUCAGUGUAUUGUGGAAGCUUCCGAGAAUUUCUCCGGAUUCUUCCGAAGGGUAUUGGAGUAUUCUCUGCAGAACAGCCUACCAUUCCUUGAGCAAAACACCCUUAUCACAUUUAUUUCGCAUUGUGUAAACUCCUUGGAAGUUGAUUGUGUUAGAAAUGAAGCCGUCAAAUUGGCAUCACUUGCAUGUUGGCAAUGUCUUGGAAAGGUAGUGCUUUCAUGUUACACUAUUAUUUUGUUUAGAAGUAUCGAGAAAAGUUGUUGGGAUCAAGUCCAAAAUUGCGAAAAUAUUGGAAUAAGCUGACAAGGGCAUUUGAGUCAAUGCCUGAGGAAAAGAAAUCAGAAAACGAUUUCUACGCCACUGUGAUAUGGAAGUUGAUCAAACAGUUUAAGUUGAUAAUCACCGAAUUGGACGAUGAAAAUAUCAGUAGGUUCAGACCUAAUAUUAUUGUUAUUUUUUUUAGCAUUCGAUCCUGAUGCUGCAAUGUACUGUGAGAAAUUUGCUCUGCUCCUUAUUGAUCUCGAAUGUCAGUUGACUACUCGUCGUUUCCUCCAUGCUCUAAUAAUCUACUCUCAAUGCAUCAUUCAUGCUACCAAUUCCCAGUUUUAUCUCUCCGAACCCGGUACCUUAUUCUUCAAAUUGAUGAGAUUAUUCUUGUUCUACGCAAAGUUUGAGGUUGAGAAUUUGAGUGGAUAUCCAUUGUCGUUAGCUGAGAUUCAGAAGAACCAUUAUGAUUUUGUGAACAAACUUCAAGUAGUCGCCUUUCGAUAUUUCAAGGAGAAGUCUUCGGAUUUUGCUCUGCUUAAUGUUGGAAAUGUCGAUAACAGAGUGUUUUUGGAGAAAGUUUUGAAGAAAUACACGUACGUUAUUCUUUGUCUGUUUAAUUUUGGUUUUAGAAAAGACGAACUUUACAAAAUGGCUUAUGAGAUGGAUUUGAUUGGAAGUCCGGAAGAAAAUGAAGAUGAACGAUUAAAUGAUGCCAUCUACUUACGAGAAAUUAUUGUAAGUCUUCAUUUUACGGAAUUUAAUUCUUCGAUUUUUAGAUAUUCCACACGGUCAGACCCAUCUCGCAACUGGACAAGAUCAAUUCGCAACCCUUAUAUCCAAAUGAACAAGUUAUCUGGGAUGAGAAUUUAGUCCCUUAUGACGAGUAUAAUGGGGAAAGCGUCCUUCCUCUUAAUCGAUUGAACCUUCAAUUCUUGACCCUUCAUGAUUAUCUCCUCAGAAAUUUUAAUUUAUUCCAAAUGGAGUCAACUUACGAGAUCAGAUCUGAUCUCGAGGAUGCUCUCUUCAGGAUGCGACCCUAUAAACAUGAAAUGUUGGACAAUGUGGUGUGGGGAGGAUGGGCGAGAAUGGGAAUCCCAGUGACAACUACAAGGAUUGUUCAUGUUGGGAAACCAUUUGUGGGGCAGGAUUGCCCAUCAGAAGUCAAGGCCGAUGUUACUGUUAAUCUGCCGAAAAGAACUGAUCUUCGAAAAGAAUGGGAGGGAAUGAGAAGGAACGAUGUGCUCUUCUUGGUCACGGUGGUUCCGAUUGCCCCCCUGGGAACGAGAUACGAUAUUAGAAAGCCAUUCAAGGAACAGUUUAGGGUAAGAGUUGACAUGCACAGUGCAGUUCGUUAACAAUUUUACAGAGUUUUGUAAAUGAUGUUUAUAUUGUAGCUGUAAUCGCCUCUUUUUUUAAGAUUGAGACCGUCCGCGGAUGUGAGGUUGAAGGAAUUCUCAACAAUGAUAAAGAAGUCAUCGACGAGCAGAAUAUGCAGCUUCUCAGGUCUCUCCAUGGCGAUUCAAGAACCUUCCGCGUUCGAUUGGACCCAAAUCAAUACAAAGCAGACACGGAUAAGACCGAGAUCUACUUCAAAUUCAAUUUGAUGAUCAGGAGAGACGCCAAAUCCAAUAACUUCAAAGCUGUCCUAGCCACAAUCAGACAACUUUUGAACACGGAAUGCGUUGUCCCCGAUUGGAUUCAUGAUGUUUUGCUUGGGUAUGGAGAACCCGAUGCGGCUAACUACAAAAAAUUACCGAAUUCAGUCACAACUCUCAACUUUAACGACACUUUCCUGGAUAUGGAUCAUCUGAAGAAAAGUUUCGAAGGGGAAGAAUUAAAGAUUGCGGAAGGAGUAACUCAACCUCCAUUCAAAUUGACCUUUAAUGAGCUUAAUCCUCAGCACGAUAAGGAGCACCCAGACACGUCGAUUUUCGUUGAAGCCGAAGCUGUGGAUCCAGUUCAAAAGGAAUUGAAGAUUGAGACAAGGAAGAAUUCAGUGCCGUUUACUCCCGCCCAAGUAGAGGCCAUCAAAUCGGGAAUGGAGCCAGGUCUGACAAUGGUGGUUGGACCUCCAGGAACAGGAAAGACCGAUGUGGCUGUCCAGAUCAUCUCCAAUAUCUACCAUAAUUGGCCGGAGGAGAGAACUUUGAUUGUCACCCAUUCCAACCAGGCUCUAAAUCAGCUGUUCGAAAAGAUUAUGGCACUGGAUAUUGAUGAAAGACAUUUACUUCGUCUUGGUCAUGGAGAAGAAGAAUUGGAAACCACCAAAGACUUCAGCAGAGGGGGAAGAGUCAACUAUGUUUUGAAUGAGAGAAUACAACUGCUGAAACAAGUCGCCCGACUCAGAUUAUCUUUGAAUGAACCUGGAGAAGUCGAGAGCUCUUGUGAAAAUGCUGGAUACUUCUUCAGAUACACUGUAACAAGGACAUGGGAAAAUUUCCUGGAAGAAGUUGAAGGAGUCACCGAGAAAACCAAUGACUUUGUGAAGAAUAAAUUUCCAUUCACCAAGUACUUUGUGGAGGGAGAAAGGGAAUUAUUCAAGGCAGAGAGCUUCGAUGAAGAUCUGGAGAAGGCCAAUGCAUGCUGGGAAUUCAUUAGGAGAAUAUUCUCAAAGUUGGACGAAUUCAGGGCAUUCGAAUUGCUGAGGAAUGGUAAGAUUGAAUUUAGAUAAUGGUACCCGUUCGCAAAGUCGCUGGAAUGGUUUCGGCGACGUGCACUGUGCAGGAAAAGCUCAGGGUGCGAGCGACAACCCGAAAAAACCUAUUGCACGGUGCAAAAAGUUCAAAAAUUGUAAAGUGUUUUUGCAGAGUGCAUGUCGCCGAAAUCAUUCCAGCGACUUUACGAACGGACUUGUAUAGUUGAUGACAAGCUGCGUUGGGAUGUAGCCUGACUACGUCGCUACGCGACUCGUCAGCCUACAUUCCCAACGCGGGUGUGCGCGCAAAGCGCCACCAAAUUAGCCUAAGCAGCUAAGCCUAAGCAGCCUAAGCGGCUAAGCAAACUAAGCCUAUGCGCUAAGCACUGUGCAGUGCACCUUAUCAACUCAUAGUGCACCUUUUCACCGCACAGUGCACUCGCGAAAACCCGGAAAAAAUAAAAAAAUUUCGAACCCGCGCGAACCCAACCGAUAUCGCCCUCGGAAAAAUGCUGGGACCCGAAAUCGACGAGAAAGCUAGAGAAAUUUUUGCUCUCUCACGAAAAUGCAAAAUCAACUUUUGCCACGCCCCUUUUUCCACGUUGCGACACGGUUUGCACAGUGCAAUCUUGCCAAACGAAGCCUUUCCCAAUUUGCACCGUGCGAAAUUUGUUGGCGGAGUGUCGCAAAAUAUUUUGCAGACACUCCCCUUCGAAACCUGAAAUUUGGAAAAAUUUGCACAGUGCAAUCAACAAAAAAGCCUACGUUCGUAGGCUUUUUUUCGUUUUGCACAGUGCGAAAAACACCCUCCGAACGUUUUCCCAGGCACCCCCCUUUUGAUUUUCCCACUUUCCCCCCAGACGCACCGUGCACUCUGCAUUUUACCCUGUGAGCUAGGCUUUUUCUCAAUUUGCACAGUGCGAAUCCCAAUUUUGGCUUUGUCGCUGCGCGAAUUUUGGCUUUGUCGCUGCGCACGCAUCCUGAUCGAGUUUUCAAUUUCCGAACGAUUGAGCCAGGUCCCGUCUUCGUAUCUCUACUCGUUCAAAAGUUACGGUACUUUGUAUGUUUACGAUGUUACAGUAACCCGGUUUCAAGAAAUGGCGGAAACGUGUCAACUAAUCUUUUGAAUAGCUAUUUAAACUCAGUAGAGUGCUUUUUGAGGCGGGUCGAUACGAUCAAAAUUGACCGAGAUACUGUAGCUUAAAGUCAACCCCCUUGUUACAGUAAUCUCUCGCGAAGCGACAGACCUAAAACCGUGAAAUACAGCCUGGAAGACGUGUAAUGGCGAGUACUACCAGUCCUGUGAAUUUUGACCGGCGCGAUUGCGUCUACGCUGAGAAAAUGGCAAAAAACCGGUUUUUGGCGCGAAAACUACCGUAACCUACAGUAUGCCGAAACAAAUUUGUGAGAUAUGGGACAAAUGAUACCAGUUUAUGGUGUAGUUUUUCAUGCUGAUUCUGAAUCUGUAAACAGAAUUUCGAAUUUCCGUCAUUUAUGCACAAUGCCUGAGGAAAUAAAAAUACAGUAUCCCGGAGAGUAAAGAUAGUAAAAAAUAGUCAGUUAGGGAGUUGCUUGGUAUCAAAAACAAUGCAAAAUAAAGAAGGAAUGGUACUCGGCGCUCGCUUCGCUCGCGAGAUAUUUUUGAUUAUGUCGAAAAAUCACAUCGCGAAUUGUUUAGAACCUGGGGCUGUAACCUGCGGUCCGAAAACCACUUCAGCCGCUUCCAAAAAAUGCUCCGCAACUUUCCAUGGCAGCGAUUUUUGAUUAAGGUCCUAGUUCCCGAGAUAUGCAAAUUCGGGUUUUUCACUCUGAAAUCCGGACAUCAUGAAUAUGCAAAUUUUCUGGAAAAAAAAUUGUGAAAUAUAAACUCUCCUUCAAAAAUGAGCCAGGGUGCAUGAAGAAAACUUUUUUUUAAUAGGCGAAAAAUUUUGAGAAAAACGCGAAAAACUUUUUUCGAACAGGUACCAAAAUCAAGUGUUUUGUUCGUGACGGUGCGAAGUCGCGAUGAAAACGGCCAAAACUUUUUGAGAGUAAAUUUCAGGUGAGGAUACGUGAUUCGGGAGCUGUGGACCUCGCAAAAAUCAGAAAGACGGGAGCACUGACCGCCGCAAAAAGGGUCAUUUUUUGAAAAAGUCGGUUUUUCGCAAUUUUCAAAAUGACACUCCAACUAUAGUGAAAAAACGAGUACCAUAUUCAGGUGUAGAAUUGAAUUUUGCGUAUUCUGAAAAAAAAAUCGGCAGCAUAGCUCCAAAAAUAAAGUCAAAAAUUCGAUUUUUCGGCGUUUACCGGUCGAUAAUUUUAUCGACUAAAAAAAUGUCAUUCGGGUGUCACAGAGAGACAGAAAAGACAAAGAGCAAAAAAAAAGUUGAAAAAGUUAAAGUUAAGAGGAAACGGUCAGAAGCCUUUAAUGUAGAGGGGGCGCGCAGCGGGCCCCGACUUUAUGAAAAUUGAUCGAUUUUUUAUUCCAAUUCUUUUUAGGCAAAGAAAGAGCGGAUUAUUUGCUCACUCGUGAAGCCAAAAUUAUCGCCAUGACCUGUACUCACGCCGCCCUUAAACGAAAGGAUCUUGUUGAGCUCGGAUUCCACUAUGAUAAUAUCCUAAUGGAGGAGGCUGCUCAGAUCCUCGAAGUCGAGACUUUUAUUCCCCUUCUACUGCAAGAAUCUGACGAUGGAAUCAAUCGAUUGAAGCGGUGGAUCAUGAUCGGAGAUCAUCAUCAACUUCCUCCAGUUGUUCAGAACCCAGCCUACCAGAAGUACAGUAAUAUGGAACAGUCUCUGUUUGCCAGAUUCAUCAGGCUGGGUGUCCCCAAUGUUCAGUUGGAUGCUCAAGGGCGUGCUCGACCGGAGAUUGCAGAGCUGUACAAUUGGCGCUACAAGGCUUUGGGAAAUCUCCCUCACGUUCAAAAGGAUGAGUUAUUCAUCAAGUGCAAUCCAGGAUUCCAGUUUACCUACCAGUUCAUUGAUGUUCCAGAUUUUAAUGGUGUUGGAGAAACAACACCUUCAGCGUACUUUUAUCAGGUAAGGAUUGAGAGUUGUAAUUUUUCCAUAGAAGUUUAUCACCGAUAUACGAAUGCGAUUACCAAAUUUUGCUAUUUCAGAACCUCGGCGAAGCUGAAUACGCUGCUCACAUUUACAUUUACAUGCGGAUCUUGGGUUAUCCAGCCGAGAAGAUCACCAUCCUCACUACUUACAACGGCCAGCGAUCUCUUCUGCUUGAUAUCUUCGAUCGCCGAUGUAAAGAAAACCCUCUACUGGGAAUGCCUCAUAUCAUCUCUACAGUUGAUAAGUACCAAGGACAACAGAAUGAUUACGUGAUCUUAUCCUUGGUCAGAACCAGGAAUAUUGGUCAUUUGAGGGAUAUCAGACGUCUUGUGGUCGCAAUGUCUCGAGCAAGACUUGGUUUGUACAUCUUGGGAAGGAAGACGCUCUUCAACAGAUGCUUGGAGUUAAAACCGGUCUUUAAGAAGGUGAUUUUAAAUUAUAAUUUAAUGUCAUCGUUAGUGUGUUUUUAUUAUUUAUCUUUUUUUUCAGCUUGAAGAAAGGCCGUCGAACCUCUGCUUAUUCCCAUCAGAGUCGUACGAAGAGACCACGCGAAGUGCAGAUACCAAGCCAGGGCUCCGAGUAAUCGAAAUCAGUGAUACUGUCCACAUGGCCAAAUUCGUCGCCGAGUUCUACAAGGCCAAUCUGGAGCUUCUUCAAGGGAAAUACGAAGCGAAACUGGCGGAACAGAAAAAACAAGAGGAAAUGGAGGUAAGGGAUCACUAAUGAAUAUAGCUUAUGCAGAAUUUGAUAGUAAAUCAUGUUAUUUUAGGUGGAGGAAGAGAAAGAAGAAGAGAAAAAAGAAGAACAGCCAGCUCCAACCAGCUCGGGUGCCAAGCAUCCCAAAGAACAGACAGAAACCAAUAUUAUUUUUGAUGAAGUCGAUUUUGAGCGUCUUGAAAAGGCCCCUAAUUAUGGAUGA